ACACAAAAAAUAUCCUAAUGUCCUACAAUGUACUGUUCAUGAUUUGAGACCCAUCAAUCUAAAAUCUGAUCAAAUUAGAAGUUACACACAAACAUUAUUUUAUUUCAAACAGAUUUGUUAAAUCUAAUAAACCUCUUACUUAUCCAUUAAAAUAUAUGUUAAACACAAGAAAAAUGUGAUCUUCCCCUGUAGCAGAAUACAAGAGAGUAGUUGAUCAUAUGAUACACAAAUCUGUGUAAAAAUGUCAGUCUUUUUGUAAGUCCAAUACAAAUAUUUUCCAUGGUGGCUGAGAGAGUGGGACCACUAGGCGUGGAAGAGGGGGGGUCCUUAAGUAGGAGCAGACUUUAUCACUCUCCUCCUUUCUAGUGGUGGUCCUUUCUCUCACCUCUUUCCUCCCUGAUCAUAUCCAGCAAGUCUGUGUGAGCUUUUUCAAUCAGAUGGAGGGAGCAGCACAAAGACAGAGAUAAAGCCAAGAACAAAAUCAUUGCUCUGGAGAGACCUGGCAAAUUCCCCUCUACAGUUGGUCACAGAAAUAUAGAGGAAGGAGUUCAUAAUUUUACAGUAACAUACAUACAGAUCCUCCAAAGGCAAUACCAUUGCUGGCUACUGCUACUGGCUCAAAAUGCUGUUUACUUUAGGACUUCUCCUCCUUCUCACCCCAUUUCCCUCCUUUCAAACCACGACCAAUGAGAAGAGAGACUCCACAGGAAGCGAUGUGACCAAACCCAAUGCCGUUUUCACCCUUUCAAAACCAAAAACCACUUCUACUCUUGCCAAACAGGCCAUUCGCCCCACCCUAAAGCCAAACACAGUCAAUCAGACAGUUUUACCGACUCCAGCUGCAAACCAAAAACCUCCAACAGUCAACGUUACAGUGACCACCAAAAGCAAGGCCAGCCCAGCAGUAAUUCAAACCACUCUGUCGGCAGCAGUAAAGCCUGCUGCAGCCAGUGGAACCAUCACCAACAAAGACAAGCACACAGUUGCAGUCAAUCAGACAGCUUUAGCUAAAUCUCCAGCCAGUGAAGUGAAGGCUAGCAAAGACAAGCCUGCCCCCACUGGAGCUCCAAAUGCUCAGUCAACAUCCUCAAAGUCUGCUUCAGCCAGCGGUGCUAAAACCACCAAAGACAAACUCCAACCUUUGGUCAAUCAGACGGUUUCAGUGAAAUCCCCUUCAACCAGUGAUGGGAAGACUGCCAAAGAGAAGCCUGCCCCCACCGUGGUUCAAAAUGUUCAGUCAACAUCCACAAAGUCUACUCCUGCCAGUGGCGCUAAAACCACCAAAAACAAGCCCACAGCCUCUGUCAAUCAGACUGUUGUAGCAAAGACUCCCUCCACAAGUGAUGUGAAAAACUCCAAAGACAAGCCUUCCCCCAACACAGCUCAAACUUCAACACCCACAAAAACCGCUACAGCUAGUAGUUCUGUGGCAGACAAAGAUAAGGUCACAGCCUCCGCCAAUCGGACUGCUGUAAUCAAGACUCCCACCACCAUCACCAAAGAAAAGCCUGCCCCUUCACAACCAAUCAAGGUGGUGAUCAGUGAUGGAUGUGACUCAAGCAAAACCAAGGAGCAGGAGCUGAAGUUGAAGCCCGGCGCUCCUCUGGUGAUGACGCAUAAGAUCAGCCUGUUGCCCGGUGGCUGCACUGGGGGAUGUGAGGCUGAGAUGGCUGCACUGAAAGGAAGAGUGGCCCGACUGGAAAGAGAGAUGUCCCUUCUAAAAGAUAAAUGUCCAUGUUCUGCAAAUUGUCCAGAUGACUGUAGCGGUAACGGAGAAUGUGAGAAGGGGAAAUGUGUCUGCCAUCAGGGAUUUGUAGGUCCAGACUGCAGUAAGUGCGCCCAAGGAACCGAGUGUAAUAAAAAAGCAACCAAAGGCAAAGCCAAGGAAACAGUGGAGACAGUGACCCCUCAGAAAAAGGACCAAAAGAAUGAGCCAGAAGCCAAAGAGUAUGACAGCAAAUCCAGGGUGGCCACUACUGCUAAACCUGGUCUUGUUAAAACACAAGCAAAACAAGAAGCUUCUGUUAAGAAAGUAACUAUAAAAGGUUCCUCAAGUACCACACAGACCAGUCGACCAACUGUUGGUCAAGUUCUCCUGAAGCAUGAGGGAAAAAAGCAAGAAGAGGCCCGCAAAGGCAAAACAACAGUCCUGACCUCUAAAAAGGUUAUCCAAAAAACUGACCUCAAAGUUCUUAAGGAGGGAACUGCCAGUAAAAUGUACCCUAAAUCUGAUCAACUGAAAGAUGAACCUCACACUAAUGUAACCCAAGUUAAUGUGAAGAAAUCCAAUGGCACGGCUAAAAUUGUGACCAUUCUGUCCAAGAGCAUGGGAACAAACAAAACCAGAACAGGAAAGGAGACCUUGGAGCAGUCCACACUGGCUGAGAAGAAUGUUACGCAAUCAUCUGGACAUAAACGCAUUAAGACGGUUAAAGUAGAUACUGUAAAUGUGCAAUCUGUACAGGACAACAGAAACACUGAAGCUGGGAAAGGGAAAGUUACACAGAGGAGUCAGUAUGUGGUGAAUACAACCAUUGCCACGACACCAGACGAGGCUCGAGCUCUGCAGAACAAAACAAGUAUCCAUGGCUCUGGGACGAGCAGGAGGAUGGGUGGAUCUGGAUUAGGUUCUGUGAAGGUUGUGAACAUCUCCUCCUAUAGCUUCACCAUCACAUGGUCAGCACCACAAGGGAUGUUCAAGAACUUCACUGUAAUCAGAAGAGAGCCACGGGCAGAGGGCGAUGAAGAUGACCAUGAGGAGUUUGAAGAGGAAGCUCAGGAAGGAGCUAAGAACACAGCUGAGGUCCAGGUACAGACUGAAAACACUAACACAACUGUCUCUUCUGGUAAAACUGUUGGAUCAAGAGGUAAAGCUGAAACCAAGAGGAUCUCCAUGGUGGUCCCUGGCAAUGUACGCUCUGUGGAAUUCAGUAACCUUCGAGCAAACACCCGCUAUGUCCUGCACAUAUAUGGUACUGCAGCUGAGAGAAGAUCAAAGAUUCACAGAGUUACUGCAGUUACAGGUCCUGAACCAGCCACAGAGAUGGUUUUCAGCAACGUAACAGAGUCUUCUCUCACUGUGUCCUGGUCCAAACCAAAGACCACAUUCACAGGCUUCAGGAUUACAUACACCAACAUUGUCACAGGUGAGAGUCACUUCGUGGUCAUGGACUCUCAGCAGUCUUACCUGGUUCUGUCAAAGUUGUCUGCUGGAACCUCCUACAUUAUCUCUGUAACUACUACACAAGGCAGAGCCCAGAGUGAUGCCCUUGUGUCCGUUAUCACCACAGUGCCUGCCCCUCCAACACAUCUUCAAGUUGUCAAUGUGACAGAUACCAGAGCUGUGCUACAAUGGACACCCAGUCUAGGGAAAGUAGACCGCUUCAUCAUCAGCUAUGAAUCCUCCAAGACUCCUAACGUGACAGUGACAGUGAUGCUGUCUGGAAAUUUAAUGGAGCACCAGCUGAGAGGUCUGCAGAGAGGCACCUUGUACACAGUCAAAGUCUUGAGCCAGAAGGACAGCCUCCAGAGUAUGGCUAUCUCAACAACAUUUACUACUGCUAAUGUGGUUAAAGCCAGCGAGGUGGGUGCUCGCUCUGCAGUGAUAGCAUGGAAAACCAUCACUGUUGUUUAUCACAGCUACAGAGUGAUCUAUCAGGUAGCAGGGGAAGAGACAAAGGAAGUGAUCCUCGACCCUACCAUCACAGAGUAUAAGCUGACAGGGCUGCUGCCCAUGUCACGUUAUAUAGUUCUGGUACAAGGCGAGAGAGAUGGACACUACACAUCUAUUGUCACCACAGAAUUCAUCACAGGUAAACUACGAUUCCCAUUCCCCACUGAGUGCUCUCAGGAGCUGUUGAAUGGAGCUCUGCAGUCAGGAGAGGUGGAUAUCUACCCUCAAGGAAAAGAGGGACAAGCUGUAAGAGUCUAUUGUGACAUGGAGACUGAUGGAGGCGGCUGGACGGUGUUCCAAAGGAGGAUGAAUGGAAAGACAGACUUCUACAGAACCUGGAGUGAAUACAGUGCUGGCUUUGGAAACCUGAGUGAAGAGUUCUGGCUUGGAAAUGAACUUCUUCACAACCUGACCAGUAUUGGCCCUGUGAGCCUAAGAGUGGACAUGCGAUCUGGAAAUGACACGGCUUACGCUCACUACGCCAACUUCACUGUCGAUUCAGAGGAGAAGCACUACACUCUCACCAUGUCUGGCUACACAGGAACUGCAGGUGACUCUAUGAGGUACCAUAAUGGGCGUCCAUUCUCAACCCGGGACAAGGAUCCAGACACUCUGGGGCUCCACUGCGCCAGGGCCUACAUGGGAGGCUGGUGGUACAAGAACUGCUACAAGGCCAACCUCAACGGUCUUUAUGGCAUCAACAGUAAUAAUCAGGGAGUAGUCUGGAUAGACUGGAAAGGUAAAGACUCCUCCAUUCCAUUCACUGAGAUGAAGUUCAGACCAUCCAGGUUCUCCCCUGCAACUCAUGGUUAAGAAUACACCAGCCUUCAUGGGCUCUCCAACUGGAAAACCUUAUACCUGACACAGAAUUAGAGCACCAGAAGUCCAGAGGAGGGUGGAUCUUCUUGCUGCAUGUCACUUUCCAACUGAAAUUGCAUGUGCAGUGGUUUUGAUAGCUUUAAUGACAGCUAUUGGUACAUUUGAUUCAAUGUGUAAGAUUUUUUUUCUGAACUGUUUUUUUUUUUUUUGAGGAAAUAUAGAAAAAGAGUGAAGAAAGGUUUUUAAUUGCAACUUUUUGUAUAUGGUUCUGCCUGACCCGUCCAUUUCAACACAGUUUUAUUUUAACUCUAAUACCUUCUCGUGCACUGCCAUGCCAUGGUGUGCCACCCCACUACUACUGUAAUUAAAUAUGCACUGUCUCACUCCAUUGGAAUAAAUGUGGCUAAUGUGGG